GAUUUUGGGGGAGCGGAGCUGCCCCACACCGGGGCAUGAGACCGGGCAGCUCAUCACACAGGUCCGGCCCUUCCGCAGCUUUCACGAUGCUGCCGGGGAAAGCGGAGAAGAGGAUCGCUUCGUCCGUCUUCAUCACCCUGGUGCCGCCACAGAGGGAGGCGGCCACCAAGGAGAAAACCCAAAGGGAGACGCGGCCAGACGGUGCAGAGGUCCCGGGCACCCGUCACCCCCAGACCCGACCGCUGCAGCCCCCUGCAUUGCUCAACGGAGAAACCCGCCCAGCGGCCCCUGUGCCUUCGUCCCCACCGGUCCUCGUCCUCUCCGAAGCGCCCCAGCCCUUGUCCGCGGAGGCGCUGGGUCCGGCACUGCAGCAACUGGACCUGGCGGCACCCGCCACCCUUCAGGCCCCUUCCGCCUUCCCUGCCGAAUUGAGGCCGCCCAAAUUUUGCCAGGAGCAAGCAGGCAAGCCGCAGUGGCAGGAUGCGAAUGGGUACCCAGAGAGGGAUGGCUCCAGAGACAUCUGCGCCUUCUGCCACAAAGCGGUGGGGCCCCGGGAGCCGACGGUGGAGGCGAUGCGGAAGCAGUACCACGCCGACUGCUUCACCUGCCGGACCUGCCACCGGCUCCUGGCCGGCCAGCGCUACUACCAAAAAGAUGGGCGCCCCAUGUGCGAUGCCUGCUACCAGGCCACGCUGGAGAAAUGCGCCAAGUGCCAGGGGCUGAUCGUGGAACGCAUUGUCCGUGCCCUGGGCAAGGGCUACCACCCCGGCUGCUUCUCCUGCGCCGCCUGCGGCCGGGCCAUCGGCGCCGAGAGCUUUGCCGUGGACGAGCAGAACGAGGUGUACUGCGUGGCUGACUUUUACAGGAAAUACGCCGUGGUUUGCAGUGCCUGCGAGCACCCCAUCGUCCCCCGCGAGGACAAGGACACCUACAAGAUCGAGUGCCUGGGACGCAGUUUCCACGAGAGCUGCUACCGCUGCGAGAGCUGCGGGACGCCCCUGUCGCCGGAGCCGACGGAGAAUGGGUGCUACCCCCUGGACGACCACCUCCUCUGCAAGUCCUGCCACGUCCGCCGGCGAAACGAGUCGUCCUGCUAA